AUGGCCAAAGCCAAGUUUGUCACUACCUUCUUUGGUGAUAAGGUUAUAGUGAAAAUUCGAAAGGAUGUUGUGAUGAUUGGUCGGCUUGUGGAUGGACUUUACUCUAUUGAAAUAAAGAAAGUGGUUGCUGAUGUGUCAUCUUCAAAUUCUUUAAAUGCUUAUUUAUGGCAUAUGCGACUAGGGUACAUGGUAAUACAAGCUCUUGCAUCCUACCGCGAUUUCACAUUUGCUGCAACUGGGAAUGAGAUUGCAAUUUUCAAGUGUGCUCAUAAGGUGGCCACUUGGAGCAAGCAUAACAAAGAGGUUAAUAUGCUGCUCUUGUUUGGUGACCAUAUUCUGAGCCUGGACAUUCGAGGUAAUCUUUACAUAUGGGCAUUUAAAGACCUUGAAAAUAGUGAUGCCCCAGUAAGGCAUAUCCAGCUGGAACAAAAUUUUUCUCUAAGUUGCAUCAUGCAUCCAGACACUUAUCUGAACAAGGUUGUUAUUAGGAGCAAUGAAGGUUUCUUGCAGCUUUGGAAUGUUGCAUCUUGUAAAAAACCUCAUCUAGCAUCUGGGGGUUCAUCUGGUGUGAUAAGCAUAUGGAAUCUUGAAAAAAGAAGGCUUCGUUCAGUCAUAAAAGAUGCCCAUGAGAGCUCAAUAGUAUCACUUUAUCUCUUUGCCAAUGAGCCUGUCCUCAUGAGUUCUUCUAGUGACAAUUCUAUAAAAAUGUAGAUAUUUGAUACAAGUGAUGAGGAAGCACGUCUUCUAUGUUUUCAAAGUGGCCAUGGUGCUUCUUUGCAUAAGGUGAAGUUUUAUGGCAAUGGUCGGCACUUGUUAUCUGCGGGGCAGCACCAUGCUUUCCGAUUUUUCUCCAUUGCGCAGGAUCACCAAAGUAGAGUGCUGUCCCAGCGCCAUGUGUCUAAGAGAGCCAAGAGGCUUAAAUUGAAAUGCACUUAUUUCAUUCUUUUUCAGGAAGAGGAGAUCAAGUUAAAUCCUGUAAUAUCAUUUGAUUUUGCUGAAAUCCGUCAAUGUGAUUGGUGUAACAUCGUAACCUGUCAUAUGGAUACAGAAGCAAAAGUGUGGUGCCUUCAUAACUAUGUGCUAGGAGAACAUAUAUUGAAACCGUGCCCUGACAACCCAGCGUUUGUCAAGGCAUGUGCAGUCAUUGCAUGUGGUAACUUUGCUGUGCUGGGAACUCAAGGCGGUUGGAUUGAACGCUUUAAUCUACAAUCUGGUGAAAGACGAGGUAGCUAUGCGGAAAAUUACGAGCAAAGAAGGUGGGCUUAUGAUGGUGAAAUAGUCAGCCUUGCCUGUGAUGCCACAAACUGUCACUUGAUAAGUGCAGGCUAUCAUGGUGAUAUAAAGGGGCUUGAAGUGAAACAUAGAUGGGAAGUUGGCCGCCAAGUGGUUAAGUUUGUCUAUCAUCGCAGUCCAGAGGGCAUAUAG